AUGAUACCAGUUGCAAAACGACGUAGUUUUUGGUAUUUAUCAUUGAAUGAUAUCUUAACUAUAUUGUGUGCAAUAGCUGUACCUAUCGCUCUUGGUAUUUAUACGGCAAUUACUUAUCAACAAGAACAAGAACAAAUUGAUCGAGCACAAGAAUUUAAUUUACAACAAGCAACAGAAUUAAGACGAGAUUCAGUCUAUGAUCAGCUUCUAAGUAAUAUGUAUAGACUGGAUAAGGAUGGGUAUUUAAAUGAUUCACAAGAUCCAUGGGCAUUUGCUAAUGCUUAUUAUCGUACUGCACAUCGUCAAUUAGAUCCUACACGUAAAGCAGAUCUUUUACAAUUUCUCAAAGAAAAAAAGUUGGUUGGUAGAAGUAAUUGUACUGCACAAUGUUUAGGAUUGAAGAUAGUACCGGAUAUAAUUCGUUUAGAAGAACUAAAUUUUGAUUAUGUAAAAUUAAUUAGUCAAACGGGUUCAUUGAAUCAAUUAAAACUUGAUUGUGUUGUAUUUAAUCAUGUAUCAUUGAUCGGUGCAAUAUUUUUAUAUUCUAAUUUAAAUGGUGCAUCUUUUGAUCAUGGACGAUUAAAUAACGCGAAGUUUUAUGAUGUAUCUUUGAAAUGUGCUACUUUUGAUGGUGUAGAUUUACACGGAACGGAUUUUGGAAAUGCAGAUUUAACUGGUGCACACUUCGCAAAUGUCGAUUUAUCUACAGCUAAGUUAACAAAACAACAGUUAAAACAAGCAUCUUUUUAUAACACAAUAAUGCCAGAUGGAACCAAGAGUGGUAUAACAACAUCAACAACCUCAACGUCAUCAUCAACAACCUCAACUUCAACAACCUCAACAACCUCAACGUCAUCAUCAACAACCUCAACUUCAACAACCUCAACAUCAUCAUCAACGACUUCAACUUCAACGCUAACAACAUCAACAUCAUCAACAACAUCAACAACAUCAACAUCAUCAACAACAACAUCAAUGAGCACUGUAAUAACUACAGAAAUGUCAUCUACAAUCAUCGAAACGUCAACAAUAGCAAAAACUAUGCCUACAACGAAAAAUCAAUAUCUUACGACGCAAAAACAUUGUACAACCGUGAUUACUUUCGAUGAUAUUCCUGGACAAUCAAAUACUUCUGGUGUUAUUCCUAAUAGUUAUAAAAAUUUCACUUGGAUGAAUGCCAAUUAUAUCAGUGAUUCGAUAUUACCCAUCAGUGGUGCGUAUCAAAAUAAACGACAUAGUCGGCCUUUUGCCAUGUAUCAAUCAAUUGGUACUAAUUUGACAAUUUCGACGCUAUUAAAUUCCAGUUUUAGACUUUAUUCUGCCUAUUUUGCUACUGACUGGCCACAUCCUGCUAAUAUUACGAUACUUUGUUUAGAUCAGGCAAGGACACAUACAGUAACCGUUCAGUUUUAUGGGUUAACUGCCGGUAACCUAACUCUGUCUUGUAUAUUCAAUACAUUAAUAUUUGUAGCACAAGACGUAGCCUUUGGCAAUAAUUCUGUCGUGAAUAGUACAGGAUUUAUUGUUGAUGAUGUAUGCAUUUUUGAAGUAUAA